AUGGACUUGGACAGUCGUUUCGGCGAAAAAAUCAAGCGCUGCGAGGAGGCUACGGGAUAUGUAUUUGUUAAAAAGGAACUCUGCGCCGAGGCCCUGAACGCGUCCGCAGACGGCACGGCGUGCUACUACGGCCAUACCUUGAAGCAACUUCGGAAAAAUGACCGCCUCGCAGUAUACGGUGACACUGUCGCGGAUAGUGUCCUGUGCCACCGUUGGUACAAGCAAGGGCACGAGAAAGGAGUCUGGGACUCUAUGCGUAAAGAGGCUUUUUCUAAUAAGAAUCUCGCUGAACGUGGGUUUGCCAAUCAGCUAGAUGUUUGCAUCAUUAGAAAUGGAGGCACAGUCUGCGUCUCCGACAAAAUGAUGGCGACCGCCGUGGAAGCGAUUCUCGGCGCGGUCCAUCUAGACGGUGGCCUUGAUGCCCUGACCACAGUCAUGGGGAACCUUGGCAUCAUCGUCCCCCUGCGCGAAUAG